AUGGGUGGUAAUGGCAAGCUUCACAAGUGGAAAAUCUCUAUAUACAGAUCACCAUCGCCAUCACCAUCGUCUUCCAAGUCCAAGUCCAAGUCCGAGCACAAGGAACCUCCCACAGAGUAUGUCUGUCCCAUUUCUGGUUCCUUAAUGUUCGAUCCAGUUGUCGCCUCUUCAGGCCAAACCUUUGAGAGCAUGUGCGUACAAGUCUGCAGACACCUAGGUUUUGCUCCUCUACUUCUUGACGACUCUAACCGUGAUUUCUUCAUUGUCAUCCCCAAUUUGAAUCUCAAAUCGACGAUUCUUAACUGGUGGGACUCCUCCCGUACCGAACACCCUCGGUUACCGAAUUACAGCUCCGUCGAGACCACGGUUCAUGGGUUAAUGGCUUCUACGAGAGAAGACGACAAUGAUUCGAAAAUCAGGGUUUUUGAGAGGGAGUUGUUGAAGGGCGUCGCUGAGAAUUCACAUGUUUUGUUCUUGUACGCGACGACUGAGUUGAAUCACCGAGCGAACCAUUUCUACUCGUCGAGUUCUAAGGAAUCGGUGAUCGCGAACGUUCAAUCGACUCCUCUGCUUCCAUUCAUGGCUCGGCCGAUGUGUUUCUCGCCAUCGUCUACUUUGAAUUCAUCAGAGAUCGCUGCUAAUGAAACGCUAAAUCCUAAUUCGAUCUUUGAGGACAAAGAGUUCAUUGUGAAGCUCAAGAGUCUGGACGUGUUUGACCAAGAACAAGGUCUGAUAGCUCUGAGAAAGCUCACGAGGAUGAAGGAAGAAACUAGGGUUUGGGGUUGA